GAACACUAAUAGCGGUGCGGUUACAUUAUAUAGUAUAUUGUUUCCGGCAUAUUGGUUUUAUAAACAGUUCUACGCGAUUUUUACGACUUUCUCACGUAUUUUAAUGUGAUUUUAAUAUCAAUUAGUGUUAUUUCUAAGCUAUUUCAAACUUUGGACCUAAUUACUAUAACGUGCUAGGAUGGAUGUGAAAUCAUUCCUACAUUCUUGGACUGCUAAAAAGGGUCUUACACCUAACUUCGAUGUGCGCGCCACAGGGCCCAAACACCGACAGCGAUUCCUAUGUGAGGUGCGCGUGGAAGGUAUAUCAUAUGUCGGAGCCGGUAACUCCAUGACUAAGAAGGAGGCUCAAAUGAAUGCAUCUAGAGACUUCAUCAAUUAUUUGGUGAGGUCAGGGCAAGUGGCAGUAGCUGACGUACCUGAAGAUGCAAAGGGUAAAACAGUACCCAACAAUGUUAGCCAGGAGGAAUCCUCUACUGGUGGAGCAGUAACACAGAAUCAAAGACCAGUUUUUCAGGAAGGAAUGGGCCCAGAAAGUAUGGGUCAAGCCUACCAGGCAUAUGGAGGUCAAAGUCAGAACUUUACAUACAUUGAUCGGAUCCAACAACAGAAGAAUGUGGAGGAAGCUGAAGAUCUAGAUGUUAAUGCCAGCCUUCAUGGCAACUGGACAAUGGAGAAUGCAAAGUCAAAACUUCAUCAAUUUAUGCAAAUAAAUAAAAUCAAUGCUGACUAUGUUUACAAGGCUGUAGGGCCUGAUCAUACACGGAGUUUCGCUUGCGAAUUGUCGAUAUUUGUGCGUCAACUGGGGAGAAAUUUGACGGGUCGUGAGACAGCUUCUAACAAGCAGACGGCCAGCAAAUCUUGUGCUUUGUCGCUCGUACGUCAACUGUACCACCUGGGUGUGAUCGAAGCAUUCAGCGGUACCCUCAAGAAAGAUAGAUCAUCGGAAGGGAUUAUGAAACCGUAUCCGGUGGCAAUAAGUCCAGAACUUGAGCGACAGCUGGAAGAGGCAUUGAAGGAGAUUGAUAUCGAGCCUGUAGACGUAGAAACCGCACAACCGGAAACCACUGAGGGUGAAGAAAGUCACGGGGUGACGCUACUACAGUUGGACCGCGUGAAGGCGAUGCGAGAGGCACGACCGGCGCCCUCUGGAGUAGUGUCGUGGUCACCGCCGCAACCCAACUGGAACGCGUGGACCGGUUGUAAUAUAGAUGAGGGACCUCUUUCAACCACUACCUUGGAAGAAAUCAGUUCUGAUUUGGAGAAAAAUCAUAGAGAUUUGCAUCAAAACAGUGAACUUUUUCAGGAGAGUAUACGUGAACGGGAACAGCUGCCUGUUUAUGCAAUGCGAUCGGAAAUUAUGGCUGCAAUCAAUGACAACUCUGUUGUUAUCAUUAGUGGCAAUACAGGAUGUGGAAAGACCACACAGGUGUGUCAGUUCAUCCUGGAUGAUUAUAUCGCGAGUGGUCAGGGCGCGUGGGCAAAUGUAUGCGUGACGCAGCCGCGUCGUAUCUCAGCCGUCAGCGUGUCGGAGCGUGUCGCCAACGAGCGCUGCGAGGAUUUGGGGAACUCAGUCGGUUACUCGGUGCGUUUUGAGUCGAUACUGCCGCGGCCGUACGGCUCCAUCAUGUUCUGCACGGUGGGCGUACUGCUGAGGAAGUUGGAAGGCGGCCUCCGCGGUGUCAGCCAUGUACUCGUUGAUGAGGUACACGAACGCGAUGCUGAUACGGAUUUCGCGCUGAUCCUCCUGCGUGAUAUGGCGCACACGUAUCCUGAUCUUCGCAUAAUCCUCAUGUCUGCCACUGUCGACACCACACUCUUCACUAAUUACUUCGGGAACUGUCCCGUUAUAGAGAUACCUGGUCGCACAUAUCCUGUUCUUCAAUACUUCUUGGAGGAUUGCAUUCAACUGACUAGCUUCAAGCCGCCGCCCGACACUCGCAAGCGUAAGGCGUCCGGCAAGAAGGCCAACAACAAAGAUGACGACGACGAUGAUGACGAAGGUUUUGGCGCGGACGAACAAGACGAAGACUUGAACAAAAACUGUCAACUUGGUCCCGAUUAUAGCGCAGAUACUGUUUGCGCGAUGGCACAAUUAUCUGAAAAGGAUCUAAGCUUUGAGUUAAUUGAAGCUAUACUCCUGCAUAUCAAUUCAUUGGAUAAGGACGGCGCGGUGCUUGUGUUCCUGCCAGGCUGGAACUUAAUCUUCGCACUCAUGAAGCACCUCAACCAACACAAAAUCUUCGGAGACCCAUCUAAAUAUAUUAUCCUACCAUUACAUAGUCAGAUUCCAAGAGAUGAUCAGAAAAAAGUAUUCGUCACACCCCCACCGGGGCUUACUAAGGUUAUUCUAUCUACGAACAUAGCGGAGACCUCUAUAACAAUCAAUGACGUUGUGUACGUGAUUGACUCGUGCAAGGCGAAAAUGAAAUUGUUCACGUCACAUAACAACAUGACAUCGUAUGCCACAGUGUGGGCGAGCAGGACAAACCUCGAACAGCGUAAAGGUCGGGCGGGUCGCGUCCGCCCCGGCGUAUGCUUCACGUUAUGUGCGCACGCACGCUACGAACGCCUCGAAGAACAUCAAACCGCUGAGAUGUUCAGGACACCGCUGCAUGAACUUGCACUCAGUAUCAAGCUACUCCGCCUGGGCAGUAUCGGCCAUUUCCUAUCUAAGGCGCCGGAGCCGCCGCCACUAGACGCGGUGAUCGAGGCUGAGGCGCUGCUGCGGGAGCUCGGCUGUCUCGACGCAGCAGCCGGCGAUGCUCUCACCCCACUGGGUGCUAUCCUCGCCAAACUACCCAUAGAGCCCCGUCUCGGGAAGAUGAUGGUGCUAGGCUUCGUGCUGGGUGUGGGCGACGCUCUGACCACUAUGGCUGCUAACUCCACCACGUUUCCCGAAAUAUUCGCUCUGGAAGGCCGUAGAAGACUCUCCAUGCACCAACGUGCGCUAGCCGGCGACCGUGCCUCCGAUCACGUGGCUAUGCUUAACGCGUUCCAGAUGUGGGAAAGAGAGCACGCAAAAGGAGAAGACAAAGAAAUACAAUGGUGCGAGUGGAAAGGAGUACAGCAAACUACAUUGCGCGUGACAUACGAAGCCAAAUAUCAAUUAAAGAAUAUUCUGACAUCAUCUGUAGGCUUUCCGGAGGAGUGCUGCAUACCACAGCGUUGGAAUCCACAUGGUUCCGAUUACAUACUGGAUGUCGUGAUUGCUCUCAUGGCCAUGGGGCUAUACCCGAAUGUCUGCUUAUAUCAAGGCAAACGAAAGGUAUUGACAACAGAAGGCAAGCCUGCACUAAUACAUAAAACAUCGGUGAACUGCAGCAAUCAAGAACAAAAAUUUCCCUCCCCAUUGUUUGUGUUCGGCGAGAAGGUGCGCACUAGAGCGAUCAGUUGCAAGCAAACCACCAUGGUCGCACCGCUGCAUCUCCUAUUAUUUGCGAGCAGGAAGGUUGAAUGGGUAGACAAUGUAGUCAGAUUGGACAACUGGCUGAAUUUCGACAUGUCCCCGAAAUCAGCGGCCUUGGUUGUAGCACUGCGGCCUGCCAUCGAGAAGCUAGUAGAACGUGCUGCUGCUGAACCCGAUGCUGCACUACAAUUCUCGCCAGCUGAGCAAAAGAUUGUUAACUGUCUCAAAGCUCUUUGCCUAGUAGAUGCAGGUGACUAUAACAUUCAACGUGAAAUAUCGAUGCCUACGUUUAGACCAGACGGCCCUAAACGGGGCUUCAACAGGGGAUGGGGAACAAACGGCCCCCGUGGUGGAUUCGGUGGCGGCAGCUAUGGUAGCCAAGGAAAUGGCAGGAACUGGGGAGGAUAUGGCGGAAACCAGGGAGGAUAUGGCGGAAACCAGGGUGGAUAUGGCGGAAACCGUGGAGGAUAUGGCGGAAACCAAGGAGGAUAUGGUGGAAACCAAGGAGGAUUUGGAGGCAAUCAGGGCGGUUUUGGCGGAAAUCAAGGCGGUUUUGGUGGAAAUCAAGGAUUUGGCGGAAAUCGGGGAGGUUAUGGCGGUAACAGAGGUAGGGGUAGUAAUGGCGGUGGGUUUAGAGGAAGAGGAAAUCGCGGCAGCUGGAGUGGAAACUCGUGGUGAAAAUCUCAAUCAUUCCUUUUCGUAGACAAAUUUAAAUUGUACUGUUUUAAUUAAUCUCUAACUAUAUAAAUUAAUAAUAAAUGUAUUCAAUA